CUAGAAUUAUCAAUUAUUUAUUAUUUGUACAUUUAUUUAUUAGCAACAGCUUAGACACAUACAAACUACAAUACAACUCAACUUUUAUAAGCUGAACCAGUUUUUUAUAUUCCAAUAUUUUUACAAUUAUCAUAUCAUAAACACAUAACUGAUCUUUAUUUACUAUAACUAAUAAUAAUAAGAGGAAAAAGAUUAAAAUUUCAACUUAUUACACUUGUGAUAAUUAGACAUCAUCAUCAUCAAUAACAACGAUUCAUAUAUAAAAAUUCAAAUGAUAAAGACUUCAGCUAUUCUCGUUUUGAGCCUAUUAUCGAGGUCAUUUGUAUAUGGUGAAAGAGCUCCAACGACUACAAAUGAAACACCAACUGAUUUUAGUUCAUCUAAUGCAAUUAAUAAGCUUAACAGUGUUCCUUGUGGUUCAACGGGUAAUACAGAAACAAUUUGUUCACCUAGACUAGGAGAUAUAUGGAGAAAUGGAACUUGGUAUCCAAUUACUUGGAAUGCAUUUCAUCCAGCUUAUGUUUCUUGUAAUUCAUUGGAUAUUUAUAUUUACUUUGUACAGAAUUAUCAAAAUAUUCUUAUAAAAAAGAUACUUGAUAUACGAACAUCAAAAGGCACAAUACCUGUACUUGUAGAUGAUACAUGGCGAUUAGAUUUUACAGCACAAACGUAUAAUGCUAUAACAUAUAUUGUAUCAAACGGAGUUGAUCCAGAGAAUGAAUUGUCUAAACAUUAUUCAAAAUAUCCUCAGCCUAUUCAUAGCUUUGUUGAGCAACCAGUGUUAAAUCUACCAAUCAAUACAACAUUGAAUACAACAUCGUCAUCCAAUCCUAUACCGCCAUCAUCUCCAACACUCACUAAAUUUUCUUAUUCUGAUAAUACGGAUAAUUUACAAACAAAUUUACAAAAUAGAGCAGUAGAGCCUUGGGUAAUUACUGCAGUUGUCUUAGCAUGCUUGGCUGUUAUAGGUGCAUCUAUUGCUAUCCUAUGGGUUAUACGACAAGGUCGGAAAAGAAAAUUAGUUAAUAUUGAAAGAGGAAAUUUAAAUGAUUCAAAUAAUGCACCAGACAGUAGUAAUUGUACAGAGAAAACUCAUAGGGAUACACAAUUAUCUGAAUCAUCUUUAAAUAAUACUCAUUCAGUAAAUAUCAAAAAACUACCUUCACCAUUCAAAUAUAUAUAUGGCCUAACGGUAUCACGUCAUAAAGGUGCCCUAAAGAACCAACAGACGGUACAUGCUUCAUCUUCAUCUUCAUCUUCAUCAACAACAACAACAACAACAACAACAGCAGCAGCAGCAGCAGCAGCAGCAGCAGCAGUAGCAGUAGCAGUUACUCCACAUGAACUAAAUAAUGGCAAUACCAUCAAGCAACAAAAGGUGAGCCAAUUUCUCUCUACACCUAUACUAUCUAUGGAAGAUGAAGAACGAACCUCUGAUGAUAAAAGACAAAGAGCACUAAGGAAUGUGGGUCAUAAUAGUGAAAUAGAAUCAGUUGCCUCUCUUGAUAACGCCUCUAGUCGAUCUGAACCUCCAAUAUCAUCGUCUGAUGCAAUCCUAAUUGCUGAUACAUUUCGUCAACGUAUGAGAAGACCUGAAUGGCAGCAGCAGAAACAGUUAAAUCAAGAGCAGGAGGACGAAGAUGAAAGAGUAGAAGAUGAUAAUGAAGAGUCAAAGCGAAGAGAAUUGAGUGACCAGUUAUUAAAGAUAGAAUUGGAGGCGGAAGGAGCAUCCAUGAAAAACGUCGGUAAACGAGCUCACUUAUUAGAUGCCCUUUAUUAAAAGCGAAUGUGACAUUUUUUUUUCC